AUGCCGGCAGUUGAGCGUACUUCACCAGAAUUAUGCACAAGUAAAGAUUUAGUGGAGAAAUAUGUCAGUAACGAAAGCAUGGCAACCAGUAAUUGGGAUCCGACACUUCUCCUAAAUAAGCUGUACGAGGUCAGUUAUGAACCGCGCAAGGAGUCAAAGCUUAAUCGUUUCACUAAUAUGGAAGGACAUCUUGAAGUUCCCGUAGAUGACGAAAGUAUAUACGCUGAAUUGCAAAAAAAUUGGGUGCAAAAAUAUUUUCGAACUAGAGAUGGGCGCUUGCAGUGGUUUGCGUCACAUUUCGCAGAUGAUACUCCAGUAGGGGAAGUGCUGCUUUCUGGCUGUGAAGUAGAUGCCAACAGGGAUGAAAAUGCACUUUAUAUACACGGCGGGAAGAGUCAUAUCAGAAUGGUGUUGAGGUCACUUUCAUAUCAGUCAUAUUUACGAAUUAAAGUUGAUUCUGAGGAGUAUAUUAAUAAUGAUCCCGUUAGAACUUUUUGUUUUGCUCUCAGUUCAUUACUCACAGAUGCUAUGUGCCGUUUAAUUCCGCCAGGAGCCAAUGUAUUUGAUAAAUGGAGGAAGGCUAUGAACAGUCAUGCGGCUUCAUCGUAUCUUGAUACAUUCGUUAAUCCUGUUUAUCCUCCACUGCCUCAUAUCACCAAGAAAGUCGCUAUUAUUGAGCUUGGAUCGUGCUCAAUGCGUGCUGGUGUAUUAACAAUGGAACCCUCACUACCACAGUCAUUUUUUCCAACAAUAGUCCUUGUUAAAGAUGAUGGUAAAUUCAUUGUUGGUCGUGAUGCACUGCUACCUGAGAAUCGUCGUAAGGGUGAAUUGAUAAGACCACUGCGCGCAACGGAUAUUUCACUGGAUCGGUAUGUUUUUCACCGACCAGCUUUGAAAGCUUGCUUGCAGAAAUGUGUUGAUGAUUUGAAAGUCGAUCCGACUAAGUAUCGGGUUUUGCUUUCAAUUCCGCAAAAUAUUCCUACUGCUCUCAUUGCGGAUUUGUUGAAAUUUGUUUUAGAGGAAAUGUGUUUCCAGGGUGCAGCGAUAUCGCGUCAGCCAAGCCUUGUACUGUAUGCCUACGAUGUUGCUACUGGUGUCGUCGUUGAUAUCGGCGAUUGUGUCAAUAUUGUCCCAGUAAUCGAUGGUUAUGUUGUCGAUAAUGCGAUUAUAUCAUUACCGUGUGGCGCGACUCAAAUUAUUAAUGCUUUACAAGCAAAACUUAUAGAAUCGAACGGCAGUUACACUUUUCAAUCAUCAAUUGAAAUGUUCAUUUCGCGAUUUGUUAUGGAGCAGGCAUGUUUCGUUGCUACUGACUAUGAUGAAGAAGUUAAAAAAUGUUCGAAUAACAUUUGCGACAUAGAUGCAGUCAUUUCGAUUGAACAGUUCGAACCAACCAGUGAAAUGAUAUCUUCAUUCAAAAUAAAUUCUGCUCGCUUCACUACAACUGAAGGUUUAUUUAAACCAAAAAGGUGGGGUCUUGAUACAAAAGCGCUUCAUCAACUAGUAUUUGAAGCUGUGCAGUUAUCACCUAUUGAUAGUAGGAAAACAUUGUUCAGGAAUAUUUACUUGGCUGGUGGCGUCUCUCUACUUCCUGGUUUAGCUGAAAGAUUGGAAAUAGAAGUAGCAUCACUCGUGGCACCAAUUAUACACACCCAGGUCCAUCUAUCACCGUGGAGGUACAACGCAGCGUACCUAGGCGCACAAGUAAUUGCUUCAGGUACCCAGUUUGAUCAGACUUGUAUUACACUUGGAAUCCUCAGUGAUUUUCUCCAUCAGCUGCAAAAUUCCACCUUUUAA